AUGGCAAUCUUGGAUGGGCUUACUCUAAUGUGUGAGAGUGUGGAUGGUUUCUCUCCGUUGUUUAGUGUUUUGGUUUCUAAAUUUAGCAAGUGGGGUGGGGAGAUUGUUGCUCUGAUUGGUGGUGGAUUGAUGAAUUCCUUAUUCCAAGGUGAAUCCUUUUGUGAUGUUGUUGGGAGCCCAUACUAUGUUGCACCAGAGGUCUUGCGCAAGCUCUAUGGGCCUGAAUCAGAUGUGUGGAGUGCAGGGGUUAUUCUGUACAUUUUAUUAAGUGGGGUGCCACCAUUUUGGGCUGAAACUGAACCAGGGAUAUUCAGACAGAUUUUACUAGGAAAACUUGAUUUUCAGUCUGAGCCUUGGCCUAGCAUAUCAGACAGUGCCAAGGAUCUAAUUCGGAAAAUGCUUGAUCAAAAUCCAAAAACCAGGCUUACAGCACAUGAAGUACUCCGCCAUCCUUGGAUUGUUGAUGACGACAUUGCACCAGAUAAACCUCUAGAUUCUGCAGUUUUAUCACGCCUGAAACAAUUCUCUGCAAUGAAUAAACUGAAAAAGAUGGCAUUGCGUGUUAUUGCUGAGAGGCUAUCUGAAGAAGAAAUUGGUGGCCUGAAAGAGUUAUUCAAGAUGAUUGACACUGACAACAGUGGAACCAUAACGUUUGAUGAGUUAAAAGAUGGCUUGAAGCGAGUAGGAUCUGAUCUUAUGGAGUCUGAAAUCAAGGAUCUCAUGGAUGCUGCAGAUAUUAAUAAAAGUGGAACGAUUGAUUAUGGUGAAUUCAUUGCCGCCACUGUUCAUUUAAACAAGCUGGAGAGAGAGGAAAACCUGGUAUCAGCCUUCUCAUAUUUUGACAAGGAUGGCAGUGGUUACAUAACCCUUGAUGAGAUACAACAAGCUUGUAAGGACUUUGGUUUAGAUGAUGUUCAUAUUGAUGACAUGAUCAAGGAAAUUGAUCAAGAUAAUGAUGGGCAAAUAGAUUAUGGGGAAUUUGCUGCCAUGAUGAGAAAGGGCAAUGGAGGAAUUGGAAGGCGAACUAUGAGAAAAACAAUAAAUUUAAGAGAUGCUUUUGGAUUAGUAGACAAUGGGUCAACUCAAGUUAUUGAGGGCUACUUUAAGUAA